AUUUAUGCAGGUAGGCACAAGCCUGCAGUGGACAGACUCUGUGUUGGCAUCCGUCCCGGAGAGUGCUUUGGUCUUUUGGGAGUGAAUGGCGCUGGCAAGACAACAACGUUCAAAAUGCUGACUGGAGAUACUGAUGUGACGUCUGGAGAUGCUGUGGUGGCUGGCAAUAGUAUAUUGACCCACAUUUCUAAUGUCCAUCAAAACAUGGGAUACUGCCCUCAGUUUGAUGCCAUUGAUGACCUGCUCACAGGACGAGAACAUCUCUACUUAUAUGCACGCCUGCGGGGGGUUCCAGCACAGGAAAUCAAGAGGGUUGCUGAAUGGGGCAUCCAGAAGCUGGGACUUCCUAUGUAUGCAGACCACCUGGCCGGUACCUACAGUGGUGGCAACAAGCGCAAGCUCUCCACUGCCAUUGCACUGAUAGGCUGCCCACCACUCGUCUUGCUAGAUGAACCAACUACUGGAAUGGACCCUCAGUCCCGGCGCCUCCUGUGGGACUCUAUUGUCAGCGUGCUCAGAGACGGGCGAGCUGUGGUUCUAACGUCACACAGUAUGGAAGAAUGUGAAGCCCUCUGUACUCGUUUAGCCAUCAUGGUAAAAGGUACCUUUAAAUGCCUGGGCACAAUUCAGCAGCUAAAAUACAAGUUUGGAGAUGGCUACAUUGUCACUCUGAAAAUCAAAGCUCCCAAGCCUGGGCUGCCUCCAGAUCCUACUCCUGCGGAGCAAUUCAUACGCAUGAACUUCCCAGGAAGUUUACAGAGAGAGAAACACUACAACAUGCUGCAGUAUCAGAUUUGCUCCUCCUCUCUGGCUAAGAUUUUUCGGUUAAUACUCUCCAAUAAGGAAAAUUUGCAUAUUGAAGAAUAUUCUGUGUCUCAAACAACUUUAGAUCAGGUUUUCGUGAACUUUGCUAAGCAGCAGAUGGAGGAUGAGGAAAUUCCGUUGCAUCCCCGUGCAGCUGGAGCCAGCCGAGAAGCAAAGGUGUCCCCUGCUUUGCAUCAGCAGGCAGUUGCAUAGACUAUUUCUA